AUGAUACCAAAGAAUUAUAUUCCUAAUGGUGUAAAACAUGUAAGAAAAUCCAUUAGAGAAAUAACAGAAAGCGAAAGAAGCGAAUACGUUUAUAGAGUUACAAUAUUAAAAAAAUCAGGUGUAUAUGAUAAAUUUGUAGCGGAACACCACAAGUUCUCUAAAAAAGGAAUACAUGGAACCGACAUCUUCUUACCAUGGCAUCGUAUUUUCGUUAGAAAGUUCGAAGAGGAAAUGAGACUUGCUAAUGACCCUUCAAACAAUAUUGAACCAAAUCCUAACUAUACACUACCAUAUUGGGAUUGGGAGAAUGAUCAUAGAUUGGCAAAAGAAUACUAUAGAAAUCUUGUAUGGCACUAUAAAUUUAUGGGUGGAAACGGUGAUCCCAAUGAUGACAACAAGAUCAAAACCGGUCCUUUUGCAGGUUAUUGGCCACCCAACCAUAUUAAAAGAGAGAUGUCAGAUGUUGGACAAGAACCAGAGUUACCUUCACCGACCGACGUUGAAUCUUGUAUUUUAGAUUAUACCGAAACCACUAUCGAUAAGAAAUUCUCUCAUUUCCGUAAACUUCUUGAGAGAUACCACAAUAGAGUGCAUCGAUUUGUUGGUGGUGACAUGUCGCGUUUCCAUACUUCUGCUAACGACCCUGUGUUUUGGCUGCAUCACUGCAAUGUCGAUCGUAUAUGGGCACAGUGGCAAACACAACACUCAGCAGAGCUAACCGAUGCCAAUUCGACCUAUCCUGAUUUGGAUCAUGUUAUUGAGCCGUGGAAUGAAAAGGUUAGAGAUGUGAUAGACUACCGUCAACACUACCGAUAUCAACUCUACGAAUGGAAUAAGGAUCCAAUUGAAUUCAACACUGGCAAUUGCUACAACUCUCCAUUUAUCUUUCAUUUCAGAAACCGUCUCUAUAUCACCUAUAUGAGUGACGACAAUCGAAUGUUCAUGAGAGAGAGUAUGGAUGGAGGUAGCUUCUUCAAGGAUGAAUAUAAAAUCUUGGAGAAAGACCAGACCUCUGACAAACCAAGUGCCGCUGUCUAUAGAGGAAAGAUGUAUGUCGCUUUUGUUGGACAUACCGGUGCUCGCCAAAAGAUUCUUCUCUCGGCGAGUGACGACGCCGUCCACUUUGAAAUGGGCAAGAACAUUCUACCGAACGACACAACCAAUAACGGUCCGAGCGUUGUUUCUUUCAACGAUAAACUGCACGUCUACUUCCGUGGUACCAACGAUCGUCUUUACUUUGCCGAGAGCAACAACGGCUCCGAUUGGCCAUCAAACAGCACCCAGAUUCUCCAUGAAUUCAAAUGUUACGAUACACCAUCGGCUUUGGAAUUCGAAAAUCGUCUCUACUUGGCAUUCCUCAGUAAUAAUAAUCAGAUCUAUGUAGCAUCGAGGGAUAUAAAUGGUUACUGGACUACUCCACAGUUUGUUAAAUACAGCAAAGCAACACCAAGAUUGUUAUCCUAUAACAAUAGACUUUGUAUUCUCUAUUAUGACACCAAUGAUAAUUCAUUGAGCAUUAUCAAACCAUCGUCUACCGAUGAUGAUUAUGUAUCGGAUAUAAUUACACAGAAAACCAUUGGUGAAUACGCAACCGGUUGUUUGUUCAAUAACCAACUAUACGUUGCAAUUAGAAACCCAUCAAAUAAUAGAAUUGGAUACUAUCAUACCUAUUUAUUUUAA